UAGAUACAUUUUAUACAGUAUAAGCAAUUUUCCCAUUUUUGUAUACAUGUAUGCAAUAUUUUUAUUACAUUUUAUUGACUCAUGUUAGAAACCGGCUGGAAUAAAAAUGCAGAAUUCGACAUUCUCUUCUCCUCUGGUGCUGAGACUGACAUUUGGCACAAUUUCGGAUUUUAAUUAUGUCUACGGGGUGAUAUCAUUGCUUGGCUUUUUGAUGAUCAUUUUUUCCAACUUGACAAUAAUAUCCACAGUAUAUUUAAACCAGAGUUUGCAUGAGCCCAUGUAUGUUUUUGUAUCUGCCCUCUGUACCAACGGCCUUUAUGGAAGCCUCUCAUUUUUCCCCAGCCUAAUCGUAAAUCUGUUUUCUAAGACUCAAGUCAUUUCAUACGCGGCCUGUAUAACGCAAAUCUUUUGCAUCUAUUUUUACGUGUCCUGUGAGAUGAUCCUGAUGGCGGUUAUGGCGUACGACCGUUACAUAUGCAUAUGUAACCCGUUGAGCUACUCCACCUUCAUGAACUUAACGAAGGCAUUUAAGAUCAUUUUAGGCGUGUGGCUUUAUUCUUUUAUCUCCAUCACUGUGCAUACUAUGCUGACAAUGCGGCUCCCUCUUUGUGAUAAUGUCAUCCUGAAGAUCUAUUGUGAUAACUGGUCGGUGGUGAGACUCUCCUGCAUUGAUACCACAAUCAACAACAUUUAUGGUCUGUUUAUUACCGUAACAAUAUUGGGGUUGAUGCCGAUGCUGAUCAGUUUAUCCUACAUUAAAAUUUUGAAGGUUUGUGCAAAGUCAAAGGACAAUUUUUUGAAAGCAAUGCAGACCUGCUCUCCUCAACUGAUAUCUUUUGCAAUUUUUGUUACUGACUGCCUCUUUGAGGUAAUACUCUAUCGUUUGGGGCCUACCCAAGUACCCUAUGGACUUAGAGUAGCCAUGUUGUUACAGAGCCUGGUGGUGCCACCAUUUGUAAAUCCACUUCUUUAUGGAAUAAAGAUGCAAGCAAUAAAAGUGAAAAUACUGCAGUCUUUUACUUUGAAGAAAAGAUAAAUGGAAAAACAAAUUGAUAACUCUUGAAAAACAAAAUAAUUUUCAAAAAUCUCUUCCCAGCCCACAUUUAAUCAGAGUAUAAUGGAGAAGCUAAACUCUAGAGGUUGUGCCCAAAAGAGUCAAACAGAGAGCAAAGGACUAGUCACCAGUAUUGCCUAUGGCCUACUUGCAGCUGAUCACUCCCCAUUACUAACUUACCAUGACUUGGAGUCAACGUGUCCGCCAUCUUGGUAGAGGCAAGGCUUUGCUAACCCAUGUCAGAGACAGUUGUGGAUUAAACUCUAUGGAGGCCCCCCUGGGAUAACAUUGAACUAAGUAGUGUGCAUGUUGAUCUCUAGAUGGAGAUGAGAAUCAAUCACUAUUGUACAUAACACAUUCAAAGGUUGCAUCAAAUUUUUUUUACAAACUGACAGCUGGAAGAAGAUGAGCUUUUAAGAGACAAACUGUAAUGUGAGCCUGAUAUCUAUGGUUUAUGCACUUAUGUUGUUAUUUGAUAAAUCUU